AUGCAAGAAACAGGUGUCAGGAACCCUUCCAGUGGCAGCGAAUCCUUCGGCUUCAAGGGGCUGAAGGCGCUCUAUUGGAACCAGAACGAGCCUGCCCUUUACGAACAUUCCCUGUCCCGCGGUGAAGCCAGGCUUGCAGCAGGCGGUGCGCUCGUUGCCGAAACCGGCAUCCACACCGGAAGAUCUCCGAAAGACAAAUUCGUGGUUCUCGACGAGGAGACCAGAGAUACCGUCUGGUGGGACAACAACGCCCAGAUUUCAAAGUCGCAAUUCGAUGUCCUUUUGGACGAUUUCCUGGAGCAUGCGGAAGGUCUCGAGCUGUUUGCACAGGACCUGUAUGGCGGAGCGGAUCCAAAGCACCGCCUGCCUGUGCGGGUCUAUACACAAUAUGCCUGGCACUCUCUGUUCAUCCGCAACUUGCUGCUGCGGCCAGAGGCUGCGGAGCUUGCUUCCUUCGCACCGGAAAUGACGAUCGUAGAUCUGCCGAGCUUCAAAGCCGAUCCCGCGCGGCACGGAUGCCGAAGCGAAACGGUCAUCGCCUGCGACCUGACCCGAAAGAUCGUCCUCAUCGGUGGAACGUCCUACGCCGGUGAGAUGAAAAAGUCGGUGUUCACAAUGCUGAACCACCUUCUGCCGGCGAAAGGCAUCAUGUCGAUGCAUUGUUCCGCAAAUGUCGGCGACGCCGGUGACACAGCCGUCUUUUUCGGUCUGUCGGGAACAGGCAAGACAACACUCUCCGCUGACCCUGACCGGACGCUGAUCGGCGACGAUGAACAUGGCUGGAGCGAAGGUGGCGUCUUUAAUUUCGAGGGUGGCUGCUACGCCAAGACGAUCAAACUUUCCGCCGAAGCGGAACCCGAAAUCUACUCGACGACGCAGCGGUUCGGCACAGUGCUGGAAAACGUGGUGCUGGAUGAAAAUCGCAUCCCGGAUUUCAACGACGGUUCAAAAACCGAAAAUACCCGUGCCGCCUACCCGAUCCAUUUCAUCUCGAACGCCAGUGCGACCGGUUACGCACCGAUACCAAAGACGAUCAUCAUGCUGACUGCGGAUGCGUUCGGCGUGAUGCCUCCUCUUGCCCGGCUGACGCCCGCACAGGCGAUGUAUCACUUUCUGUCCGGAUACACGGCCAAAGUAGCCGGUACCGAAAAGGGUGUCACGGAGCCGCAAGCAACUUUCUCUACCUGCUUCGGUGCUCCGUUCCUGCCGCGACAUCCGUCCGAAUACGGCAAUCUGCUGAAAGAGCUGAUCGCAAAACACAAUGUGGAUUGCUGGCUGGUCAACACCGGCUGGACCGGUGGAGCACACGGUACCGGCCACCGCAUGCCAAUCAAGGCAACCCGCACGUUGCUCCAGGCUGCCCUUUCGGGAGACCUCAAAGAGGCAGAAUUCCGCACGGAUGCGAAUUUCGGCUUUGAAGUCCCUGUCGCUGUUCCGGGUGUCGAGACAAAUAUCCUGACACCGCGCGAAACCUGGAGCGACAGGAAGGCCUACGAUCUGCAGGCAGCCAGACUCGUCCAGAUGUUCGUCGACAACUUCGAGACAUUUGAGGCCCAUGUGGACGGAACCGUUCGAAACGCGGCUCCCUGUCUUCAGUCAGCCGCCGAGUAG